AUUCUGACCAAAAUUGCGAUGAAACCAGCAUCGCCAUUUUAGAAAAUAAAAAGGUCCUCAGCAAUAUUACCGUUUCCCAAAUAUUGGAACAACAAAAAUACGGCGGAGUAAUGCCAAGUUUGGCGGCUAAAUUACAUUUAAAAAAUAUCCAAAAAGUCCUUUCUAAUGCUUUAUCAGAAGCCAAAAUCCCUCCCAAAAAAAUUGAUUAUAUUGCUUACACCGAAAAACCCGGACUAAUCAUCUGCUUACAAAUUGGCAAAAUAGUUGCCGAAACGCUCUCUUUAUACCUCAACAAACCACUUAUUCCCUGCAACCAUUUGGAAGUUUUGACUCUAAUUAUCAGUGGUGGUCAUACUCAAAUUUACCAACUAAAUAAUCAUUUGGAAUUUAUUCUACUUGGAGAAACUCUUGACGAUGCGAUUGGUGAAUGCUUGGACAAAUCGGCUAUUCUACUAGGUUAUAAUUAUCCGGGUGGCCCAAUUAUUGAAAAACUUGCUUUGAAAGGAGAAAAUAAUUAUAAAUUACCUUUUCCCAAAAAUGAUGAGAGUCUUGAUUUCAGUUUUAGCGGCUUAAAAAGUGAAAUUAGUCG